UUACACACAUAGAUAAAGUCACGUACACAAAGUGCAUCUUCUUGUUGUCCUCUUCCUCAGCAAGUGAUCUGCAGAUUCGCAGCCAUGGCACAUACAACAACUUUCAUUUUUGUAGCUUUACUGUUUCUUUUCUUGCAAACUUGCUGGUGUGACACUAUUGAUGACUUGAAUCUGGCUCCGAUCUUCUCUCCUAUAUUUGAUAACGUUUGUAAAGCUGUAGAAUGUGGGAAAGGGAGUUGCAAAGCUUCGCAAAAUAGCACUUUCUUUUUUAGUUGUGAGUGUGAGCCUGGUUGGAAGCAAUCUUUCUCGGACGAUGAUGGGGACUUUAGGUUUCUCCCUUGUAUCAUCCCCAAUUGUAGCAUGGACUAUUCUUGCACACACACAAAAGCCCCCGCUCCUGCCCCUGUUCAGGAUGAAGACAAACCAACUAAUGCAUCAAUUUUUGAUCCUUGUCGUUGGGCUGACUGCGGAGGAGGCAAAUGUAACAAGACAGCCCAAUUUCAAUACACUUGUCAAUGUGAAAAAGAUUACUAUAAUCUGCUCAACGCCACUUAUUUGCCAUGCUUGAGAGAUUGUGCACUUGGAGCGGACUGUGCAAAUCUUGGGAUCUCAAUAUUGAAACCAUCGUCAUCUGCUUCACCAUCAACUUUGCCUGAUAAAAAUUCUAAUAGAGCUUCUGCAAUGCCAGUAGGGAUCGUCGAACAGUUAACAAUGGUGGUAUUGUUGGUUUUUAUUAUACAAGUAGCAUAUAGUUGAAUAAAAAGAGAAGAUCUGAGAAAUUAGCUGCAGUCUGCAGAAGGAGCCAGGGAGGUGAGGAAUAGUUUAUAAGAAUGCUUAAUAGUCUGGACAUUAUUGCUCUACAAAUUUCCAAUAUAGUUUGGGGUUCGAGUCCCUGACAUACAUAUUUUAGUAGUA